AGAGUUGGUGUACGGGAAAAAUGUGCAUCCAAUAUACACACUCUAACCGGGCAAAACGCACGAUUCCCAGUUGGCGUGCAUUGAUAAAUUUCUGAUGUUUCUCAACUUCUGGUCUGGAGAACCUUCUUGAAUAUUAAAAAAAUUAGAGCUCUAAUAAUUAUUAAUUAAAUUUAUGCUCAAAAGCAGCCAUUAACUUAAAUCUUUGCUGUCAGCUCGAAUUCAAACACUGAUUUGUUGUGGUUUUUGGGGUGCCCCUGCAGAGUGAGGGGUACGUUCAGCAAUCAGCGUCAACAUUCUACAGCUACAGAACAAUUCGAGUUCUCAGAUACAGAGCUUCUUUUCUAAGGUGAAUUACAAUUUUAAAGAAAAUGUUUGAUUCUGGACAGAUUCAGAAGGAGAGUUCAUCUUGAAGUCAAAUCAAGCAUUAUUUCGUAGGCGUGCAUUUUGCCCGGUUAGAGUGUGUAUAUUGGAUGCACAUUUUUCCCGUACACCAACUCUGUGGUACAAGAUGUGCGAGCCACUACAGUACCCUCAUUCCUGCAACCCAGUUUGCAAGAAACGAGGGUGUGGAGUACUUUACGUUUGCGAUGGUAUCUGGAAGGCUCAUUUUAAGCACUGCUCGUUUAUCGUACAGAACCACAUUAGCGACAUUCCUCUAGUGAACUUCCCUAGCAUCUGUACCGAGGAACCGAUUAGAGCAAAGGGCAGCAAGUUCUGCCCAAAGCAUGCAGUGAUUGCAGAAUCACUAGGAAUAAAUCCCACUGGUUCUUCGCGCAAUGAUCUUCGUUCAGAGAUACCAGGUAUGCAGAUACUUUUUCAAGCCGCACAUCAGACUUCUGCAGCAAAGGGAAUCGAAUUACCUUCGAACUCCGAAGCAUCCACUUUGCCUUGUUACAAACAACUCGGAGAAACAAAAACAAAAAUUGAUAGGUCGCGGGGAUAUCUUUUUAUCGUGCGAGCAGGUGGCCAUGUCGAAAGUUUCGCUCCCAUAUAUGGGUCAGAGUCUCCCUCGCAAGUGUUUCUGAUCCUUAUCGCAUGGAUGUACUUAGUGCUACAGGGUGUUCCAGUGGAGAAGUGGGGAGAAAUUUUCAUCGCAUACGAUAACAUGUGCAAUCUGGACAAAAUUCGGGCAACCAAAGUAUUGCUCCCGCUGCCGUACCCAUACAACAGCCUUUGGAUUAAUGGAAUGACAAAAGUGAUUGACGGGUUUCAUUUGUCCAAUCACAAGAGCGGAGAUUGCCACACUAAGUACAAUCCGGAACACAUCAAACAAAUCCAUCCUAAUCUAGAGACAAGCAACACCCAGGCAUGCGAACAGACCUUUAGUUGGCUUGGUGCCUUUCAGUAUGCAUUGUUUCAAAUGCCUAAGUAUCAUCAGAUAUUUUUUCUCCAUCGCAUCGUGCAGCGCCGCAAUCGGUACCUGGAAAAAAGAUGAUUCUGUGGACUCAGCCUACUUUUAUAAUGUUCUGUAUUAUAAGGUGUUAUAACUUUGUGAAUGUUUUUGCUAGUGACACAAGUACAAAUUGGGCUCGAAUUUAGAAUCAUUCCGAAUG